CUUUCUAAAGUAUUAUUCAUUGAGUGCCUAUAUUCUUUGCUAUAUAUAUAUAUUAUAUAUAUCAGUAGUACGCGAGUGUAUAAUGAACGUAUUACUGAAAUCUUUGUUGACAUUUAUAGUGACAUAACCCUCAGAAUCAAAUUAUAUUAUUAAUUUUCCUGAUAUUGUUUUUCACGUACAAAUUUUUUACAAGUUAUCACACUCUAAAAUCGCAUUUAUUCAUUUAAUAUUUGAUGCAGAGAUUGAUAAGUUUGUAGAGUGAACAUAUCAACUAUUAUAUUAACAUAUAAAAAUGGCACAAACAACUACUAUUGAAACAAUCACUAUUACUAGGCCUUUGAAGGUGAUAGCAUUUAUAUGUGGAAUAAUAGUAAUAUUAUUAAUGAUAAUGGGCUUAGCUUCUACUGAUUGGUUAAUGGCAUUAGGAUGGAGACAAGGAUUAUUUGCACAUUGUAUUGAAGAAGCAGCGCCUACACCUUUGCCAUUUAAUGUACCAGAUUCUGCAGGAUGUUUCCAAGCUAGAGACGUUGCCUAUAUAAAAGCAGCUGCUGCCUUAUGUGUAGUAUGUUUAAUAACAGAUAUUGCAGCAACAAUUCUUACUGGUCUUGGUUUAAGAUCACAAGAUAAUCGUGAUAAGCAUAAAUAUUAUAGAUUUGCAGUCUUUUGCAUGGGUUUUGCAUUGAUAUCACUUUUAAUAGCUUUAGUAAUAUAUCCAGUAUGUUUUGCCGCAGAACUUAAUUUUGGAAAUCGACCAAUGUGGGAAUUUGGUUGGGCAUAUGGAGUUGGUUGGGGUGCAGCUAUAUUUUUGUUUGGUGGAGCGAUUUUAUUAUUAUGCGAUAAGGAAAGCGAAGAAAUUUAUUACAAAGAAAGAAAAAUUGUACGCGAUGAUAUUGGCGGUGGAGGUUCUAUGAUUGGUAUGGGACAUCAUGGUGGACGAAGUGGGACGCAAUUAGCCUAGUGGCAUUGCUCCCUGCCCGACGUUGUUCUCUAGGUGAUUUAUUUCUUCUUUUUCUGUCCUCACUAUUUGAUACAUUUGUGGAGAAAAACGUACACAUGUAUAAGAGUAAACAAUUUUUAUAUAUAGUCUGCUUGUUCACCAGCAUAUAUUGGACAUAACUAUCACUUUGAUAUAGGAUGUAUGAAACAUCUUAUCGGCGAAAAGAGUUUGUAAAUUGACCGAAACUUGAUUAAUUCGUUCGUGGGUUACCAAUUUCCAAUUUUUCAUAGUAAAAAUUUUGGGACCAUUGCAUCAUUUAAUUUACUAUAAUAUUAUAUUUUAUGUGUAUCAUAUAACUAAAAUUAUUUUUUAUGUAGUUUAUAUACAUACGUUAUUUCAUAAAAUUUGUUAAUUAAUAUUUUAUACCAUUAUUAUGGUAGCAUUCAUGCUGCAUCUCUUAUCUAUAAAAAACAUAAUGAAAUCACAAUUUCUAUUUGUUGCUUAUUUAUUUAAGAUGAGGCAACUUUAUUAAUAAGACUUUCAAUUUGCUAUUUAUAAUUUAUCAUUAUGAUCUUUAACUUUUAUCAUGCCUACAUCUGUUUAUUAUUUUUUGGCUAAUUUAAAAAAUGAUCUUUGCCGUUCGAAAAUAGCAAAAAAUACUGGAGUACUUAAAUAAAAUUUAAUAUUUUUUCUUUUAUGAAGAUUUACACAAAGAUUUCAAUAAUAAAAAAUUAAAAAAGUAAUAGAAUUACAGAAUUAGAAACUGCCUGACUUUAGUCAAUUAAUGAAUUAUUAAUUAUUUUUAUUUUUAUAUAAAAGUUUAUAGUUUCAAUUUAGUUAUUAUUUAUUAUCUUUAUUUUAUAUAUUGUAUUUUCAUAUACAUAUAUAUGUAUAUAUGUUUAUUAGAUGCUAAUAAUUUAUUAUUUCUUUGAAUUUAUUUUUACUUAUUAAUAUUAAAAGUGAUAUUUGCUUUAAAAUGAUUUAUAUUAUUAAAAUAUUUGCUAAUACUUUAAUAAUAUAAUAUUUAUAAUGUCAUAUAUACAUAUUGCAAAUAAAAUUCGGGAAAAAUUGUUCUAAGCAAUCUUAUGAUUACAUACACGCACACGAAUUAAUAAAAUUAGACAAAAUUUUAAUUGAUUCUUAGUGCUGGAAAAAUAGCAUUUAUAAAAAAAAAAUUACAUGCUUGGGUACAUUAUCGAUUUAUAUAAAUUUUGAAAAAUUUUUGUAUUUAUUUUAUUAUUUUAAGAUAAAAUAUCUUUGUAAUAAAAUUUGGCUUGAAUCAUAAUUAAUUAUAAAAUUACAAAAUCUUUUAUCAUAUAAUUAUAAUUUAACAAUUUAUUUUUUUAUUAUAUUAUUUUCAUGAUUUUUAUAUAUAUUAUUCUGAUGUCUUCCUCUAUUAAUAAAAAUAAAUGUAAAUGUUUAUUGUAUUAUGAAAAAUGCACACAAAUGCUACCUCCAGUAAUUUUUAUUUUUCAAAUACAGUCAUUUAAAUUAUAUAAAGCAAAAAAUGAAAAAACAGUAUAAUUCUCUCAAAUAAUAUAAUAUUUGAUUUAAUUAUGAAUAAUAUUAAUUUCUUUCUUUAUAUAUGUCUGAUUAUAAGACUAAGAUAUUUAUUUGUAUAAAUCCUUUAGUUUUUGUUAAUUAUUAAUAAUUAUUUUGUUUCUCAUAUUUAUUUAAAUAAAUAAAAUCAUUAAACUUAAAUAAAUAAAAUCAUGUAUUUACUUUGUGUUAAUAUGUAAAUUUAAUAAAAUCUUUCAAAUGAUAUAUAUUAUUAUAUAUAUGAAUUUAACUAAUUUUGAAAUCAAUAUGAAAAUUUAUAUAAAUAUUUUAGUAUUUUUAAUAUAUUUUACUUCAUAAAAAUAUUUAUAUGCAUCACUGUAUUAAGAAUAAUCACAUUACAUUAUUACUAUUUACCAAGCAUGUAUGCAAUAUGAGAGCUGAAAUAUGUACGCGUUUUAAGUUAUUCAUGACAUUUUUAAUUUUAUAUGAAUUAAAAAUAAUAAUAUUGAAAAUUCGUUAAAUUUGAUAAAAAUAAUUUCUAACAGUAUUAUAUUUCAUAGUAAUUCUUAAUUGGUAACCGUUUUUUUUUAACUUUUUCAUUUAAUUUGAUCAAAUAAAUAUUCAUGAUUUUCAUCCAUUGUCUAUAAGGAGAAGGAUAAUUUCUCCAUAAAUCAAAGAUAUUUUAAGUUAAAAACAGCACUAAAUAUUUAAGUGUGCGACAGAAUAGAGGCAGCUCGGGCAGGUAUUAUCUAUUAUGUUAUCUGCAUUACAUACGUGUACGUAUAUGUAUAUAUAGGUAUUUUAUAAAUACAUGUAAUAGAAUGAUACAGUUGCAGUUAUCGCGAUACUCUAAUGAAAAAGACUAAAAUGAAUACAAAACCAGUACAUGCAUUUCGUAUGAUGCGGCAGAUCAAUCAUGCUUUUUACAAUGAAAGACAAUUCGUAUUUUAAUGCUAAGAGUUACAGUGCAUUUGAUUCUUUACCAAACACUGUCGAUUUGCGCCUUUCAAUUUUGAUAUACUUUUAAAUGAAAUGAAGUACUGUAUAAGAUUAAGAAUAUAACUAAAUAUUGAAAUAUGUUUGAAAGAUGGAAACAAACAAAUUACGAUAUGUUAAUUAAGAGGUUUAAAAUAUAGAAAAAUAAUAUGUGUAUGCAUAAAAAGGAUAUGUUAUCAUAAAUUGAAUAAUAAUAAAAUAUAGCUUGUAUUUUGUUUGUAUACAUCUUUUCUGCUAUAUUUUACACUUUAUUCUAUUUAGUAUCUAAAUAGAAAACAAAAAAGAAAGAAAACAUAGAAAGUAAAGUUUCAAAAUGCAGAAUUAUAAAUUGUAAUUUUCAAAAUUUAUAAAAAUUUAUAAUAAAAAUCCACGUUUCGAAGUUAUGAUCAAAAAAGCAUUAAUUUUAAUCUGGAAGAAAAUAUACUAUUAUACUGAUCUAUUACUGAUUGUAAUAAACUUAAAUAUUUAUGUAUUAGAACUACAAUAUAGAUAAUUUAAUUUUCUGUUCUACUAUUAUGAUAUAUAUAUGUAAGCAAACAAAAUGAUUAUAGAUAAUGUAGAAUUAAUAGAGCACCAUAUCAGAGUAAAAAAAAAAUCUUAAUAGUUUGUUAUAUACAAUCUUGAACAAAAAACAAAUUCUUUGUUAUAUAGUAAUUUAUUUAUAUAUAAUAUAUUGAAAUUAAAUAUAGUUUUAUUAUAAAAUAAUUUGUUCGGAACCAGCUAAUUGCUUAAUAAAAUUAAAUAUUAAUUUGAUUUUGUUUUUGAACAAGAAAUUCGAAAUAGUAGCAAAAAUGGUAAAUAGAUCAACAAUAUUAUUUUUCGAAAAAGAAUAGAAUAACAUUUCCUCUAUGUUACUAAAUAUUAAAGAUUUAUAGUUUUUCACUUUCAAAUUUUUUACUUUUUGGAUUUCUUAUUUCGCGAAUUUUAAACAAAGGAGAGAGGAAAGAGAUUACUUAUUUUAAAUAUAAAAAAAUUGUUUAUAAAGGUUAUAAAAAAAAAUUAAAAAUGAACAAUGUAAAUGUAUAAUUUUUGCAAUAUAUUUAUGAUAUAUUUUCUUCAAGAUUGAAUUCAUGUUAAUGAAACAAAAUAAAAAAAUUUUAAACAAAAUUAUCUAAAUAAUCAUAAUUUUUUUAAUUUAUAUAAUUGUAAUAAUGUACAUUAUAUUUCAAUGCGUAAAAAAAAAAACUUUUAAUAAAUUAUUCACAAGAUUAAUGCUAUAGAGUAGAAAAUUCAUUGUAUGUAAAAGUUUAAGAAAAAAGAUUGACAAAGUAAUAAAACAAUACUUAACAUUUCAUAUUGUAUAGUAUACAUAUCGUACUUAUUUAUGCAUAUCGUAGUAAAUAUAAAAAAUAUUAAAAUAUAAAUAUAGACUAUAAAAAAUAUUAAUGUCAGAACAAAAAAGUGUGUAAAUUCGUUUUCUGUAUUAAGAAAUAUUUGAAUGCUCAGUAGAAUUGUAUGUAGAAAUAAAAAAUUAUUUAUGAGCAUAGUACAAUGUAAACAUAUCGUAAUUGUACAAAGAAUAAACAAUAUAUCUAAAAACUAA